AUGUUGAAGAACUUUUACUGGGCCCUGUUAGUCUCCGCUUUGUGGCCUCUGCUAACGUGGGGCAAGAUUUACAAAUACAACAUCACUCUAAAGACUCCGAAAUCGAAGCGUUGGUGGGAAGGUCCGGAGUCGAAUACGGGUCGUAACUACGGAGGCUGGUUGUUCCGGGUAACUCAUUUUCGAGAGGGGACAUUCUGCGGUGCGUCUUACUACAGUCCACUUUUGAUGAUCGUCUCGGCGAACUGCAUCUAUCCGUAUCGCUAUGAUCUAGACGGCACGAGUGUGACGCCCACGUUUACUGACGAAGACAUCUUUGGAUUGAUUGACAUCGUAUACACGCCCUCAAAGUUUAUAUACCAAAAACUAUACAUGGACAUCGCACUCAUACGUCUGCGAAAUCCUAUCAAAGGAAAAACGACCGAGUUCAUAAAGCUCUGCAGUACGACCAUAAGUGCCGGAAUGAUGAUGACGGCGUACGCAUGGGGCUUUGACUCAAUGACAUGGGAACCGCCGAGCACGGUGACCAAAAAUGGUUCUGUACCCGUUUUGGACAUUAAGUUGUGCCAGAAAAAGUAUAAAAACACCACGACUAAGCUGUCGAGUACCUCCUUCUGUGUAACGCAUCCAAAAGAUAAUAAUAUGUGCCGCUACGAUGGAGGUGCCCCUCUCACCUACGGCACCGAACUCUGCGGCGUAGUGUCCCGUGGACCACUCUGCAGCGACACCAAGCAACCGGGAAUCUACACGAAUAUAAACAAGAUGAUCGAAUUCAUUGAGGGGACUGAGAAGAAUAUCAAUAAUGGUAUCCUGAAGGAGCCAAAGACCUCCAGAAGGUCAAUUAAACCAGGACCAAACCGGCAAUAA